CCCGUCUGCCUGCAUGUGGCCGCUGCUCUAAAACUCUUGCUGAGGCCAUUGUUCACCAGAAGGAUGAUUUUAAGAUUGCUUGUGUUCCUCGCAGCCUCCGUCGUGGGCGUGCUGCUGCUGCGGCACUGGAUGGCCUCAAAGCAGUAUGUUUUCGACCAAGAAGACAUUUCCAAACUGGCCAAACAGUACGCAGGACAGGACCACGAGCAGGCUUUCCUGAAAGUGGUGGUUGAGCUGAGGAAAAGGUAUCCUGGACACAUCCUGCCAGACGAAGACCUGCAGUGGGUGUUUGUGAAUGCCGGAGGCUGGAUGGGCUCCAUGUGUCUGCUCCAUGCUUCUCUCACUGAGUACUUACUGCUGUUCGGGACUGCAGUGGACACGGGAGGACACUCAGGUCGCUACUGGGCUGAGAUCUCUGACACCGUCAUCUCUGGCACCUUCAGACAGUGGAAAGAGGGAACAACCAAAAGUGAAAUCUACUAUCCUGGCGACACCAUUGUGCACGGUGUGGGAGAGGCCACGUCGGUGCAGUGGAGCGCAGGGACGUGGAUGGUGGAGUACGGCAGAGGCUUCAUCCCCUCCACGCUGGGCUUUGCUCUGGCAGACACGGUGUUCAGCACCCAGGACUUCGUCACCAUGUUCUACAUCUUGCGAGUGUACGCCAAGGCUCUGCUGCUGGAAGCCGGCACCAUGCUCACGGAGGCGGGACUGUUUUAAGACACGGCAGCGAUUCGGGUGCAAACGUAACAUGCGUCACCCCAAAAUUUUGCCAUCUGAGGAGGGGGGGGGGGGGGGGAUGAUACGCUGAUCAAUUCAAAGUCAACAUCUAAAAUUUUCAGUGAGAGGUGAUGCUAUUUUAAAACUGCCCAAAAUCACAAACCUCAGAAAGCAUUUUUAUUCUGAUUCAACCUCCAGCGGAAAUGGUCAAAUCCUUAAACAACCAGCAUCUUUACGUGUUAAUGAUCAUAUUAUUUCAAUAUCAUCCUCUAAGAAUUGAGCUUUUACAGUUUGCCUCAGUAAAUUUGAGAUACCAUUUUGACUAGUUUUUGGAAUAUUAACUUUUUUAGCAACAUAUCACAGUCACAGAUAAUUAGGUUGCUGAUCUCGUACAUUUGAAGUUCAGUGAACUACUUUUAAACAUGCAAUGCCUAAUUUGACAAAUUAUUGCAAAGCCAAAGUUAUGGUUUAAUUCAGUGAUGGCAGUUUCCCGUCUAUAUGCAUGUGAAGUCUCUUUCAGUCUCUUCAUUCACCACUGCACACUCUUUUGCACUAUGGUUAUUUGGGGGAAACGCUUAAAAAUGAAAAGAUGCACUAAGAAAAACCAGAAAAUGCUCGUGUUAUGUUUCAUAGCGGGUUCUUGUAAGAUGAGAAACAGGUGAAAUUUUAUUUUUCUAGUUUACUGUCUUGUGCUCAUCUUCUUCAGGGUCUUAGUGCAGCAGCAAAUUUUAAACAAAGGUAAAACUUUGAAUUGUUUUUUUUUUUCUAACAAUCCCACAUCUGUGGACUUGAUGUUCAAGAUUAACCUUUUUACUGUCAAAGCAGGUUUAUGUACAACAGCUAAUCAUAUGUGUGGUUUCCAGAGUCUGUCUUUUUAAACUAUUGAUAGGAGAAUUUACACCACAUAUUGCAUGAAUGAGGCAGUGCAUUUUAAAUUCAAGAAAAGCAAGAAGCUGUUUAGAGAAAAUUACUGUUCUAUACCUGAGGUCUCUGCUGUCCUGUGCUGUAAUUGUCCCAUUGUAGGUUAGUAUGCAGCAUGGAUUCACUUCAGAGCAACUUUCAGCGCUCGACUCUCGCUUUAAGUGUAACUGAGUGGCAGAAUAACGUGAGUGUGUCCAAGGAGUUUGUGUCUGUGUCGAGAUUUUUUUUCUGAAUGCCAAGAAAACAUGCACAGAAGUAGUCAUGCACAUGAAUGUUUGUAUACAUGUGCUGUUGAUGGAUGCAAUAUAAGUAACUCCAGAUGCACACCCAAGCUAUUCUGUUUCUUCAUUAUGGUGCUUUUCAAGAUUGAAGUUUGCUCUGACCUCAACUUGUGGGAGAAGCUCCAUUUUACCACAUCUUACUGAGCAACAAUGUAAUUGUGUUAUUUUUCACAUCUAUGUAAAACCAAAUCCCUGCUGCCCAAGGUUUGUACCUGCAACGAUAAAAAAAACCUCAUAUAUGGACUGUUUGCUAAACUAAUCAAGAACCACUUACAGUUUCCACUGAAGUAGGAAUAUGCUGCAGCAAGGUGCAGACGGGCGCUAAUCGGUUUAUUUUCCAGCAGCAUCAGCAGUGAGCUCUCAGAUGAAUGCUGGAACUGUGAACAGAUUAUUGGAGCAGAUGUGCAAUUUAUUGAAGGUACAGAUUAAAACUGACAGUGCAAGAAAAAUAAAUGUUUUUGGAGUAAAAUAGUUCUGGUCUGUUUUUAUGAAUUGUCACAAACACCAAAACAAGAUCAGUCUGGAAGUGGUGUGAAUUUUGUUUCUAAGAUAAGGACGUGCAGUUGAGCGAGAGCAUAAUUUCAGCCCAAGGAAUUUGGUGCAGGCCAAAGAGAUUUGCACAACUACUGUGUUGGUGCAACUGGUUCGGUUGGUUGGUUGGCUCAAAACAAAAAAGUGGCCCGACGCCAAAUCAAGUUGCUGACCCCUGAUGUAGGAUAAAGGCAGUAGAACUAUGCAUAAAGGCGGGCCACAACGAAGGGCUUCAAGCUGAACUAG